CUACAAGACAGUAGCGACGAGUGAGGGUGACGACCGUGCGAGUUGUAGGCCUCUAUCGUCCCCUCUCCCUUUCGCGCCAUCAAUCCUGUGCCUCCUCCGUCCUCACUGCAACAAAUCGCGCUCGUCCCAACCAGAUCCCCCGGGGUCUUGUCCGCUGCCGUGAUCCGCCGCAGGUGGCGGAAGCCAUGUCCGACGCGGACGCGGCCGGCAGCAAGGAGGCGCCGAGAUGCGACUACUGCAUGGGCCUGCCGGCCGUGGUGUACUGCCGGGCCGACUCCGCGAGGCUGUGCCUGCCGUGCGACCGCCACGUGCACGGCGCCAACACGGUGUCCACCCGCCACGCCCGGGCGCCGCUCUGCGCCAGGUGCCGCGCAGCCGCCGCCACCGCCGUCGCGUCCCCCCGCGGCGGCGGCGGCGGCUUCGUCUGCGCCGACUGCUACUGCUUGGAGAAGGAGGACGAGGAGAAGGGGGAGGAGCACCGGGACCCGCGGCCGCUCCACCACGACCAUGACGCGGUGGAAGAGUACGCCGGGUGCCCUUCGAUCGCCGAGCUCGCGGCCAUCCUCGGCGUCGCCGGGUACGACGAGAAGGCGGCGGCGGCGGGCGGGGACGUCGGUUGGUGGUCCACCUGGGAGGAGCCCCAGGUGGUGUGCUUGGAGGACGUGGUCGUUCCUACCACAUCUUGUCAUGGCCUCCAUCCGCUCCUCGCACCGCCGUCCCCAAAGAACCGGAGCUCCGGCGGUGAGCUGGCUGACGUGGUAAUCCGGCAGCUGGAGGAGCUCGCCAAGUCGGAGGCGGCGGCCGUGGCGGCGUCUUACGCGGAGCUGGAGCCGGGUGACGGCGAGCAGCUGCCUCCAUGGGCGUCGCCGGAGCUCGACAUUGGAGCCGCCGCAGACUUCGGGGCUCUCGACGCUGCUGACGCUGACGCCGCCUGGCAUGAUGCAGCGACCAUGGCUUUCGCAGCAGUGCCUUCCCACGAGGAGCAGGAGGCGUGGAUCGCGACCGCCUGUGACGUCGACGCGCGCCGGGCGGAGGUGGAGGUGGAGGAGGCGCGCGAGCAGGCUGCUCCGGCGCCGGACGAGCCGUGCCUGUCCUCGUUCGUGGACAUGUCGGAGAUCUUCCCCGCCAGCGUCACGCUCAGCAGCGGCGGCGACGUGGACAAUAGCGGCAACAAGCCAGACGAGGAAACGGCCCCGCGACCGCAGCUGUUGGCCACGACGGCGCUGGUGCCGGUGACGGAAAAGAAGGGCGGCUACGACGUGGCCCACCCCGACCGCGGCACGGUGAUCUCGCGCUACAAGGAGAAGCGGAAGAACAGGAGGUUCGGCAAGCAGAUCCGGUACGAGUCGCGCAAGGCCCGCGCUGACGGCCGGAUGCGGAUCAAGGGGCGGUUCGCCAAGUCCGGCGAGGUCUGAGACACUACUCCCCCGAUCGAUCCGGAGGAGUAGGGGGACCGUGGCGUGGCCCGUGCCUCGCUCGCUCUACCAGGGCGACAGCGCAGCAUGUGCUUCUCGUCUCGUCUCGUGGGUUGCUUGGUUGGUUUGGUGUUGCAGGUCGGUCGCUGCUCGCACGUGUUGUUGCCGCCGGCCGGUCGCUCGCGAGGACGGCGAUACUUCACUGUCCUCCUCUCUCUGUGCAGCAGAAAUAAAUCCACGACGUACUGUAGUGCACUGUACUACUUACUAGUCUGCGUUGAGUACAUUCGGCUUCCUUGGCUGGCUGGCCCUGACCUAUGUUGUCGUCGUCUACUCUUGCACAUUCAGCUCCGAUCCACCACCAAGUUUCAUCUCGAUUU